AUGCCGAUAGGCUCUCUGCGGACGUUCUCGACCUUUUCCCCUAGGCUAGCGCCAGGUGGAUAUGAGGACACUAUCCGAAACAUUCUGAUUGGAUCCGACACCAAGGUCUUGGUGCAAGGAUUCACUGGAAAGACUGGAACUUUUCACGCUCAACAGGCUAUCGAUUACGGUACACGUAUGGUCGGAGGAACAAAUCCAAAAAAAGCGGGACAAGAACACCUAGGUCUUCCAGUCUUUGGCUCGGUCCGUGAAGCAGUGGACAAGGUCCAACCAGAUGCCUCGGUCAUCUACGUUCCUCCGCCGUUCGCUGCCGACGCCAUUAUUGAGGCCAUAGAAAAUGAGAUCAAGCUCAUCGUCACCAUCACCGAGGGAAUCCCUCAACGCGAUCAGAUUCGAGUGAUGAACGCUCUCAAGUCUCAAAACAAGAGUCGAAUGAUUGGUGGAAACUGCCCUGGAAUCAUUAGUGAAAAGUGUAAGAUGGGCAUCAUGCCAGGUAGUAUUUUCAUGCAGGGAAAUAUCGGAGUUGUCUCUCGUUCAGGAACGUUGACAUACGAGGCCGUCAACCAAACCACCGUCGCGGGUCUCGGACAGUCGCUCACUGUCGGUAUUGGUGGAGACCCUUUCCCCGGUACUCAACACAUUGACGUCGUUAAAGUCUUGCUCGAGGACCCACGUACAGAAGGAAUCGUCUUGAUUGGAGAGAUUGGAGGGUCAAUGGAGGAGGACGCUGCUGAAUACUUGGAGCAACACAACAAGUCAUCGGCCAACCCUAAGCCGGUCGUCGCUUUCAUCGCCGGUCGGACUGCCCCACCUGGGCGUCGUAUGGGUCACGCAGGCGCCAUCAUCUCUGGUGGAAAAGGUGCGGCGAGUGACAAGGUCAAGGCUUUGCAGAAGGCCGGGGCGAUUAUCGCUGAAUCCCCGGCGCAAAUUGGAGAUCUCAUGCUCAAGGCCAUGAAGGCGGCUGGCAAGGCUUAA